AUGGCGACACAAGCCACAACCAAAGUCUACAAACUUAAGGCAACAUCCCCCGCUGUGAUGUCCUCUCAAGGCCUAACUGUUCGAGUCGAGGCCGAUGGCUUCAUUGCAGUUGUUCCGGACCCCGUCACUUGCUUCGCUGGAGCGCUGUACGCGCAACACCAGCGAUUCUCGCUACAUCCGUCGGCAUCCCUUGUCUUGGUCGACUGGAUAACGAGUGGCCGGCAUGCACGCGGCGAGUCAUGGAGCUUUGCCUCUUUCGAGAGCUUCAAUGAGAUCGUGUACGAAGACGGCGGAAGCAAUGCGUCGGUUGUCGUCUUGUCUGACCGAGUCCGGUUGACUGACGAACCGUGCGACCCAUUGGCAUCUCGCAUGGGCGGCAUGACAGUCUUUGGGACCGUCGUGCUCCUCGGCCCACAGCUCGACGAGAUGAUUCAAUCCCUUCUCCAAGACGGCAGGCGAAAGUUCUUAGCUCCCCACCAACAUCCUGUUCCAGCGGGAUCGCCUACCUCUACCCGGCUCAACCAAAAUGUUCGCGCGGCCGUCAGUCGGCUCUCUCCAAGUCAUCCGCUGCUAUCGUCGUUCUCUGGAGCGAUCGUGCGGAUCGCCAGUCGAACAACAGAGUCCGCGGCUGACUACAUGCGGGCGCUGGUGGAACCGCUCGAGGGUGUGGUAGGCGUCCGCUUUUUUCACGAAACUCGGUAA